UUGACCUUUUCUUGUUUAGAUAACCCAGCCGGUGCUGCUGCCUGCAGUUUCAAGGCCUCCCCGCUCCUCCUACCCCUGUACUGGAGCCCCAGACCUGCUCCUUAGGUCUACCCUGCACCCUAGCUCAACAUGGGGAACCACUUGACUGAAAUGGCACCCACGGCCUCAUCCUUUCUGCCCCACUUCCAGGCCCUGCACGUUGUGGUCAUUGGGCUGGACUCAGCAGGGAAGACGUCUCUUUUGUACCGUCUCAAGUUCAAGGAGUUUGUCCAGAGCGUCCCCACCAAGGGCUUCAACACUGAGAAGAUCCGAGUGCCCUUAGGGGGGUCCCGUGGGAUCACUUUCCAAGUAUGGGACGUCGGGGGUCAGGAGAAGCUACGGCCGCUGUGGCGCUCCUACACCCGCCGGACAGAUGGACUGGUGUUCGUGGUGGACUCCGCUGAAACCGAGAGGUUAGAGGAAGCCAAGGUGGAGUUACACCGAAUCAGUAAGGCCUCCGACAACCAGGGGGUGCCGGUGCUGGUGUUGGCCAACAAGCAGGACCAGCCGGGGGCGCUGAGUGCGGUUGAGGUGGAGAAGAAGCUGGCCGUCCGGGAGCUGGCAGCUGCCACGCUCACCCACGUGCAGGGCUGCAGUGCGGUGGACGGGCUGGGCCUGCAGCCAGGACUGGAGCGUUUGUACGAGAUGAUCGUGAAGAGAAAAAAGGCCCCUCGGGCAAGCAAGAAGAGACGGUGACCCCGAGGCUGCCCCUCCCCUACCUACUAGGGGGUCAGUACACACGAUAGGCAGGCAGGGGACCAGUGACCUCUCAAGCCAGUCAGUCUGGGUGCUGGACCUGUCCGCCUCAAAGGACUGAAGGACCGACCGUGGGGGGGUCCUGUUAAUCGGUGCCACGUAGGGGGAGGGGAGAUGAAGUGUCUUCACUGCUCUUCAGCUGUAAGAGGGUAGGGCCUGCCAGACUGGAGACAAAUGUAAACGCUGACUCUACCUCGACCCUGGCUCUCCAUUUUUUUUUCCUCCCUAGCGUUUUACUUGGAUGCGUAUUUUUACUUUUGCAGGGGAAGCGUGUGUAGGAAGUUGUCCAGAGGAUGCAUUUGGGAAUGAACUGAGACCAUCUUCCCUCUCCCCAGAAUUGAGGGGGGCGGGGGCUCCUCAGCUGCUCUUCUGGUCACAACCCUUCAGUGUCUGUGAAAGUGCCAGGAUCCUCCGUGUUCACAGAUCCUUAGCCUUUUUUUU